ACCCAGCAUUCUACCCAGAGGCACUUAGAGGCACAGACAUGACUACUGACGCUGAGCUUGACCAAAUUAUCUACACAGCACUCACCCUGCAAGAUGACUAUCCCAUGUUGGCUCCACCCCCGAGGAACCACAACCCAAGUGGGAUGUUCCAUGAUCUUAAUCCAACCCAGGAAAAGCUGCAGGAGGCUCUAAUGGAACUUUAUUCUGUCUUGGGAUUCUCACAAGGGCCUCCGAUGACCAGAACCUUGAGGAACGGUGGAGCAGAAUCCAAUACGGAGACGCCGUCUUCUGGGAUCAGCACCAAGUAUCAAGUCUACUACCAACCAACCAAAAGCUGUAAAAGACCAUUGUACGAAGAGGAGCAAAGGGCAAGUAAGAAACCCAGAAUCCAAAUAGACGAUCACCUACCGACUGCCAACACCAGAUGUAGAAAGAGAACCAUUUAUUCCAAGGAACAAACCAUCUUCCUCCACAAUCAAUUUGAUCUCAACCCCUAUCCGGACUUUGUGGGCCGAUGUCACAUUGCCAAGGUAACCGGAAUCCCCGAGCCCCGGAUACAGGUUUGGUUCCAGAACAGAAGAGCGAGGCAUCUUCCAAGACCAACAUGUUCCUAGGAACGGGCCGUCGUCAAAGCCAUCGAGAAGAACCAGAUCCAAAGAACCAAAAAUGAGGUCCUCAUACUCCAAAUCAGCUUCAAGAUGAAUUCAAUGUUGUUUAGAUUCCAGAGAUUUGUCAUGGAAAACAAAUAUUGUCAUGGAAUCAUUAACAGUCUCAUAAAUGUAUGGGCAGUUGUCUGUAUAUCGACUAAUUGAUAUAUAAUCAGUAAUGCACAAAGUUAUAUAGGCCCAGAAUGAAGGCUUUCUAUCCCAAAUCAAGCACUUUAUUAUAUUGUACUGUAUUGUAUUCUAUUGUAUUGCCCACACUUAUAGCAGUUAUUGCUAGAACAUAUAUUGUUAUAUUUACAUCAAAAUGAGCUAUUGUGCCUUUUCCCUUAAUAUUUUGUAAUAUGCAUUUGUUUUUUUUUAAUAAAAAAUAUUAUUUUGA